UUUCUCUCUAAGCAUUUAUUGACCGAGCCUGCGAUUUUAAAAUGAGUGCGCUGGUGCCUGACCAAGCCCAUACGCAUGUGACUGCGCUAUUUGCUCUUUGCAAAGUCCUCCCAGAGUUUUGCAGAGAGGUCUGUACUUUGGUCCUGCGCCUGCACAGACCUCACACCUAGGUCCCAGAGCCAGGCCCACCCCCACUCCCGCCUCUGACUGGGAGGUGAGCACGCUUUUGGGUCACCCUCCCGACCAUGUUUUUCCUCAGUCCAGGCUUGGUGGCUGUCAUCUGUGCUUUCAUCCUGUGGAUCUUUGAUCGAAAGAGGAGGGAGACUCAGGCCAGGGCUGAAGCUUGCCCCAGGGUGGAGGAAGACUUGAAGGACAGCACUGACCUCCAGCAGGUGGAAGAAGAUGCCGAUGAUGUGGAGGAGCCUGAGGAGAAUGUGGAACACAUCCCAUUCAUCCACACCCGGUAUUCUGAGAAGGAAAUGGUUAAGAGGUCCCAAGAAUUUUAUGAACUUCUCAAUAAGAGACGUUCGAUCAGGUUCAUAAGCAAUGAGCAGGUCCCUAUGGAAGUCAUUGACAAUGUCAUCAAAGCUGCAGGAACAGCCCCAAGUGGGGCCCACACAGAGCCCUGGACCUUUGUGGUGGUGAAGGACCCAGCUGUGAAACACCAGAUCCGGGAAGUCAUCGAGGAAGAGGAGGAAAUAAACUACAUGAGAAGAAUGGGGCACCGAUGGGUGGCAGACCUUAGGAAGCUGAGAACCAACUGGAUUAAAGAUUACUUGGACGAUGCCCCUGUUCUGAUUCUCAUUUUCAAACAAGUACACGGCUUUACUGCAAAGGGCAAGAAAAAGGUGCACUACUACAAUGAGAUCAGUGUUUCCAUCGCCUGUGGCAUCCUGCUAGCUGCCCUGCAGAAUGCAGGACUGGUGACCGUCACCACCACUCCUCUCAACUGUGGGCCUCGUCUGAGGGCGCUCCUGGGCCGCCCCGCCCAUGAAAAGCUGCUGAUGCUGCUCCCUGUGGGGUACCCCAGCAAAGAGGCCACGGUGCCCCACUUCACACGGAAGUCCCUGGAUCAGAUCAUGGUGACUGUGUAGGGAGGAGCCCCUCAGGAGACACCCGUGGAUGCCGCCUGGCUCCUCCCUCCAGCUCUCUCCUGCCCCUCUCAGCCCUCCUGGCUGCUGUUUCUUGGGUGUCAGUGUCCUGAGUGCACCAUUUCACAGGGUGGCUACUCUGGUGUCAAGAAAGCUUCCCACGCCGUCCAGCACGCCGGGCCAGAUAUGCCUCAUUUUCAAUGGACCGCCUGAGUGGGGAACAAAGAGAACAAAAGAUCCUUGGCUAUGAGCUUCUGUUACUCAUCCACUUUGCAAACGUAUGAACAUUUUUACCAAGAACUCGCCUUGGAAUUCAUUUUUAAAAUCACUCUGGAAAAGCCCUGGUGACGUUGCUGUUACUUCUUUAACAACUCAUAUGGAGUCACAUCUCAAUAUUACCUCCGUGAGUCGUGUCCAUGAGCCAAAGGUGGUCGCGGGUUGUAGGGGUCAAGCACUAGAGCAGCCUAGGUUCCCACUCCUGCUCUGCCAGGCUUCUCAGGGGGGAAAAUCCUCAUUUCUAUGGUGACCUUAGGUGGAAGUAUAAAAUGGGGUUAACCAUACUUCCUCCCUCCAGUUGCUCUAACAAAUUCUCAGAAACUUGGAGACCUGGGGCUUGUGAACAAUAGAAAGAGUGGGCCGCAGACUGCUGACCUUUCAUUGCGUCCUCACAGGUGGCAAGAGGGUCAGAGGAGUCGCUGGCAUGUCUCCGUAAGGGCACCAGUCCCCUGCGCAAAGGCUUUGCUCAUGGGACCUAGUCACCUCCUCGCAGCCUCACCUCCCGACACCGUCAUGUCACACUGGGGUUGGGAAAUUUCACCGUGAAAUUUGAGGGCACCCAUGUAGGCCACUGUGUCCCCUCGUGGGGUUGGCAUCCUGCUUGGUACACAGCUGAGGAUAAGGUGACGAUGGUGGAUGCUGUUGCCACCACUGCCAUUGUGGGACAACCCUGCUUUGGGAUCCAGGUGAGAAAGGGACCGAGGUGGGCGAGAGGCUCCCCACCCCCGCAGAAGCCUGGUGGUGGCAGAGAGCUCCCCCGGAGACACUGCCACUGGGAACCUGAAAUCUUGUUUUUCCUCUGUGCUGUUAGAUUAUUUGUAUCUGUUUGCGGGCGUGUUUAAAAUUUUCAUUAAAAAAAAAAUUGGAGGCA